AUGGCCUCAAUUGGCCUCCGGUCCUCCGUGACCAUCCGCGCCAUAUCCCUUCGAUCCUCCCAUCUACGACAAAUCCCUCCAACACAAUACACACGAUACUACUCCAACUCAACGAAAUCUUCCACCUCAAGCUCAAGCUCAAGUUCAAGCUCCGACGAGUCCAUCGCAAGCAGCGCAUCCUCAACGCAAAGCAGUAAACUCAAUGUCUUCAGCAGCGAAUGGGAAGACCUCGACACAUCCAUCAAGUCCUUCGCCGACCUACCACAUCGACUCUUCGGCGCGAACCAACACAUGAUCAUCAACUAUGAGCUCAAGGAAGCUUUGCGCCUUAUGCUGCGACAGUUCAAUGCGCCCAUAAUGUACUGCUUUGCCUACGGCUCUGGUGUCUUUCCGCAGAGCCCUUCCAAGGCUAGUAUUUCGGAAGCAGACUUUCGCGCUGUGCACCCGAAUCCACCGGAGGCGUUGAUCAAGUCGCAGAAGGGAUCGCCGAAAGUGCUGGACUUUAUCUUUGGUGUGUCGCAUGUUGAGCAUUGGCAUUCGAUCAACAUGAAGCAACAUCGGAACCAUUACUCGGGACUUGCAUCGCUAGGUUCAGGCGUCGUAUCGCGAGUUCAGAAUUGGGGUGCUGGCGUUUACUUUAACCCCUAUGUUGAGGUCAACGGCAUGCUCAUCAAGUACGGCGUCACAAGUAUCGAUAACCUCGUUCGCGACCUUUCUUCCUGGGAUAGUCUGUACCUCGCUGGUCGUCUUCAAAAGCCGGUCAAGAUUCUCCGCGACCAUCCUCGGGUCCGACUCGCCAACCAACAUAACCUCAUCGCCGCAGUCCGAACAGCUCUUCUUCUCCUCCCACCACAAUUCACCGAAGCUGAACUCUACAGCACCAUCGCAGGUCUCAGCUAUCUAGGUGAUCCACGAAUGGCUCUCCCAACAGAGAACAAGAGCAAAGUCACAAACAUCGUGGACAACAACAUCGUUCACUUCCGUCGUCUCUACGCUCCUCUUGUCAAGACUCUUCCCAAUGUCGAUUUCACAGGUGCUUGUCGCAUCGACGACACAGACUGGAUAAUGAACCCUGAAGCCGGCAACAAGCUCCAACAAGACAUGGAUCCCGUGCGUCGUGGUAACAUGGUCAGACGACUCCCCCAAACCUUCCGAUCACGUCUAUACUUCCAGUACCAAAGACGCUUCGGCAUUCCCCGCGGAGAGUUCAACGAGCUGAUGAAGGCUUCGACGGAUGAAGAAGGCGGCGCCGUUAAGAAGAUGCAGGGCGGAGAGUUUGAACGCCGCAUCGCCACAGACGACGCCCAGAAACUCAACGAAACGGUGCGCAUCGUUAUCAAGCAAACGGUCAACUGGCCAAGUACUGUACAAAGCAUCAAGGGCUUAUUGAUGGGCGGAUUCUCAAGAACGUGGCGUUACCUUGGGGAGAAGUAUUCCAAGUAUAAGAAGGACCAAGAUAGUAAAAAGAGCAAAAAGGCGUGA